AUCGUUUAUUGUCUUUUAAUUACCAUUUUGUAGAGGCAAAAACUCUCUCUCUAAAAGAAAGCGACGGCGAUGGCGAUUAUCUAGGGUUCGAUGAGGUUACGGAUUGGGAUCCGGGGAUCUUCGGAUUAACAGGGAGUCGCCGAGAUCUCUAUCACUAUGAUACGAGUGGGGCGAUGGGGAGUAUCAAUGGAGAAGGGCGUCUAGGGAUUUUCGGGGGAGACAAGGAGAUCAGAGGGAUGAUGGUGGAUCGAAGAAUCUGGAUUCUUUCCCGAUCUGGGGUGGAGAUUGGGUUGUCGGCAAAUCAAUUAUCAGAUUUGGGUGGGUCAGCUAGUAGGAAAGGGGGGAGAUGCGAAGAAUGGCGAGAUGGCUCGGAAGCGGUUAAAGAUUUCUGUACCUCACUUUGAUAACUCGGACCUGAUCAAAAGCUAUGCUUUGACAUUGGUGGGGAGAUGCAUGAAUCCGGAGAAGCAAAAGGUUGAUGCACUUCUGGUAAUGUUACCUAAGAUCUGGAAGGUGGAAGAGAGGGUAACGGGUGCUGAUUUGGGAAUGGGGAAGUUCCAGUUCCACUUUGAGAGAGAGGAAGACAUUGAAGCGGUUCUGGAGAUGCAGCCGUAUCAUUUUGAUUACUGGAUGCUUUCGUUGGCAAGAUGGCAACCACGUAUGCCUAGAAACUUUCCCUCUGAGAUUCCUUUUUGGAUCAAAGUGGAGGGACUCCCGCUGGAGUUCUGGUCUACAGCAACAUUCCAGAGCAUAGGGGAUGCUAUUGGAGAGACAACGGACGUGGAUUUGGACUUUGGCAAGAUGAGGGUUGUGAUUGAUGGUGCUAAGGAACUGUGCUUUGAAACAACGGUUGACUUCAAAGGCGGUGAGUUCUAUGAGGAGGAGGAGGCGCCGGUUCUUCUCAAAUACGACAAGUUGUUUGGGUUUUGCAAGCUACGUUUCAAGCUGUGUCACGACGAGGACCAGUGCCCGUUGAAUCCGAAUCCUCCAAAGAAACAAGAAACUAAGGACGGAACAGAAGGAAAAACGGAGGAUCGAGCAAGGAGUUAUAAGGGAGUGGUGAUCAAUGGGGAAGCAGGCAAUCAAGAGGCUUUCAAGGAUCAGAGAGUUUACUAUGGCAAAGGUAAAGGAAAAAUGUAGGAGGAGCCGGAGUCUAAGUGGGUCAAGGUUCCGGAAAGAGGAAGUAAGAGGCCCCAUC